AUGGCCUGCACUUUCAACCCCCGAGAAUGUAAACUGUCCAAACGAGAAGGGCAAAGCUAUGGCUUCUUCCUGAGAAUUGAGAAGGACACCGAUGGCCACCUGGUCCGGGUGAUUGAGAAGGGUAGCCCAGCAGAGAAGGCUGGCCUCCAGGAUGGAGACAGAGUUCUUAGAAUCAAUGGUGUCUUUGUGGACAAGGAGGAGCAUUUGCAGGUUGUGGAUCUGGUCAGAAAGAGUGGGAAUUCAGUGACUUUACUAGUUCUGGAUGGGGAUUCCUAUGAGAAAGCCAUGAAAACAAAGGUAGACUUGAAAGAGUUGGGUCAAAGUCAGAAGGAGGUGGAUUUGAAUGAUAAGAAACUGUCCCCUGUGAUGAAUGGAAGAGUGGAGACUUGGACCCAGCCACGGCUCUGCUACCUAGUGAAGGAGGGAAACAGCUAUGGCUUCUCUCUGAAAACUGUCCAAGGUAAAAAGGGAGUGUACAUGACAGAUAUAACACCUCAAGGUGUGGCUAUGAAAGCUGGUGUCCUGGAUGAUGAUCGCUUGAUUGAAGUGAAUGGAGAGAAUGUAGAAGAUGCCAAACACGAGGAAAUAGUUGAAAAGGUGAAGAAGUCAGGAAGCCAUAUCAUGUUUUUGCUGCUGGACAAAGAAACCAACAAGCAGCAUAGUGAGCAGAAGAUACAAUUCAAGAGAGAAACAGCCAGUUUGAAACUGCUACCCCACCAGCCUCGAGUUGUGGACAUGAAGAAAGGAAGCAAUGGCUAUGGUUUCUAUCUGAGGGCAGGCCCAGAACAGAAAGGUCAAAUCAUCAAGGACAUAGAUUCUGGAAGUCCAGCAGAGGAGGCUGGCUUGAAGAACAAUGACCUCGUAAUUGCUGUUAACGGCGAGUCUGUGGAGACCCUCGAUCAUGACAGAGUGGUGGAAAUGAUUAGAAAGGGUGGAGAUCAGACUUCACUGCUGGUGGUAGACAAAGAGACAGACAACAUGUAUAGACUGGCUCGUUUUUCUCCAUUUCUCUACUAUCAAAGCCAAGAACUGCCUAAUGGUUCUGUUAAGGAGGAUGCAGCUUCCACUCCUACUGCUACUCCUCUGACAGUCUCAAGUCCAGAUACUAAAGAGGAAGUUGAUCAUAAACCUAAACUCUGCAGGCUGGUUAAAGGUGAAAACGGCUAUGGCUUUCACUUAAAAGCGAUUCAGGGUCUGCCAGGCUCAUGCAUCAAAGAGGUACAGAAGAGCGGCCCUGCUGACUUGGCUGGGCUGGAGGAUGAGGACAUCAUCAUUGAAGUGAACGGGGUGAAUGUGCUAGUUGAAUCCUAUGAGAAGGUGGUGGACAGAAUCCAGAGCAGUGGGGAGAAUGUUACACUCUUGGUUUGUGGAAAGAAGGCCUAUAACUAUUUUGAAGCUAGGAAAAUCCCUAUUGUUUCCUCCAUGGCUGAUCCACUGGAUGCCCCUCCAGAUUUCAAAGAAGGAACAUUGGCGGAGUCACAGCACAACUCGCACAUGGCAAAAGAACGAGCCCACAGUACAGCCUCACAUUCUUCUUCUAAUUCUGAAGAUACAGAGUUGUGAUGAGAAAAAACAACGGCUUUGG